UGGUCGGGAGGCAUCCUGACUUACACUGAGAUUGUUUUUCCUAGAUAUGUCAGCUUACAAAGGACAUCUCUCUCCUCUAAAGAACUUAUCCCCCAAAAUGUCCUUUCCCAGUAGCUCUCCUGCGGCAAACACAUUUUUAGUGGACUCUUUAAUUGGUGCUUGCAGGACGGACAGCUUUUACUCCAGCAGCAACAUGUACAUGCCGUCUGGCUCAGAAAUGGGAACUUACGGAAUGCAAACCUGUGGACUCCUGCCGUCUUUCGGCAAAAGAGGGGAGGUCAACCACCAAAAUAUGGGCAUGAAUGUCCACUCGUACAUACCUCAAAUAGAUAACUGGACUGAUCCGAAUAGACCCUGCAGAAUAGAGUCGUCCAGUCAGAUGUCAAACUGUACAUUUUCACAGAGCAUAAAGGAAGAGAGUAACUGCUGCAUGUACUCCGAUAAGAGAGUACAGAAAGUCAGCUCGUCAGAGGUCCCCGCAUAUUCAAACGUUAUUCCCGAGUCUUGUCCAGUCGAUGGUCCCGAGAUCCCGGUUCCGGGCUAUUUCAGACUGAGCCAAACUUAUGCGAACGGGAAACAUCAGGAACACUACUGCCAUGAGCCGCCGAGUCCAAACCCAACACUGCUGCAACUCAGCCGGGUCACCCCGAAACCGCAGUCCUCAUCGGCGUCUUCUAAUUUCGCAGAGGUGGGAAAGAAAAGCGAGGACGUCCCGCAAAACCCCGAGACGUCAAGGACACCGGCCCCAGAAAGCCCGGAUCCCAAAUACAGCUCGGGGGAGAAGAUCUGCUCCACGGAAGACAGUGUAUCCAGUCCUGAGCAGCUGCAGAAGGAAGGGAAAGUUUGCAAGAACGACACGCCGACGAGCAACUGGUUGACUGCAAAGAGUGGGAGAAAGAAAAGGUGUCCCUACACAAAGCACCAGACCUUGGAGUUGGAGAAAGAAUUUCUGUUCAAUAUGUAUCUGACCCGAGAGCGCCGCCUAGAGAUCAGCAGGAGCGUCAACCUGACCGACAGGCAGGUCAAGAUCUGGUUUCAGAACCGCAGGAUGAAACUGAAGAAAAUGAGCAGGGAAAACCGCAUCCGUGAACUGACCUCAAAUCUCACCUUUUCGUGA